ACUUGUCUCUGCUGUCGCCACACCAGAGAUCACUUUAGAAGUCUUGCUUGCAGCACCUUCUUUCAAUCAUCCCGUCUCUCUGCAGUGCAGUUUCUGUACUCAUCCAUAUACUUUUGUAUUCUCUGAUUUCUUUACCAUAUUUUAAUUCCAACACGCUGGCGUUGUUUGUUUCUUUUCGAUAAUCACCAUGGCCAGUCAGCCAAAAUACGAGAAUGUGCAUAUGGACGAACAGGAUGAUUCCUCCAUCACUGAGGUAGACGAGUCGUUGAUGGGAGACGAGAAACUUUUGACUGCCGAGGAGUUCAGACAGAGAUAUUCAAGGAGGUCGAAAAGAACCUCAUGCCUAUCUGUGUUGAAAGAAGCACGAUGGUUUCUGGACAUCGGAUUACUGCUUGUUAUUAUUGCAUUAUUGCUACGGAAUCAAUCCGAGAAUGCUGUUCCAAAGACCAGCGAACAUGAAGUGGGCGGAGAUAUGACGGGUGUUGGACCCCACUUUGGGACCCAAGUCACGACCUUCCACAUCAAUCAGACAUUCGCUCCUUACAACACUUCGGAGUUUUUCCGAGAAGAGGUGCUCGUGGCAUGGAAUGAAUUGAUGCCUCAUGGAAUCGGAUUUCAAUGGGUCAACGAUACACACAGAUACCACGAUCUUCCAACUCCCAUCAUUUGGCCGAAUAAGACCGUUUUUACGACUUCCAUGACACAUCAGCUGCACUGCUUGUUCGCCAUUGUAGAGACUUACUCUGGUUUGACGUCCAAUACAACCUUACCAGAAGACCACCACUGGCAUAUGAUCCAUUGCUUUGAUUACAUGCGCCAGGCAAUUAUGUGUUCGGCCGAUAUGGCCUUGGAGGGCUUGGAAACAACAUUCCCGGAUCACAAUGGAGGCUCGGAUGGUUGGGAUUCGAAGCAUGUUUGCAAGGAUUAUAGCCAGGUCAUCAACUAUCUGGAAAGUGUCAGGGCGUAUGAUGAUCAACAGAUUUAUUAGUUGAGGCCGCAAGGAAGCAUGUAGCGGUACCUGACUUCGACAUGACACUUAGAAGCUUUUGGGAUAAAGUUGUGGUGGAGCCUGUGGCCGAGUGCUACAGCCAAAAAUGAAGUUCUUCAUGGGCUAUGACUGACGAAACGUCUUUCAUAAGUGAUGACGAAAGUGGAUUUGAACACUAUGCAUCGAUCGGCCGGAACAUGUGAGCAUCAGCGGAGUGGUGAGAGGGUGGCGAGCGAAACAAACUCAUUUGGUAGCAUGUCUACAUAUUCGUCAAGCAGAACCACAUUCUGAUCUGGUGUUGUUGGUGAGCAUAU